UAAAUACCUUCACUACUUGUGUCUUAUUUCAUCACAUUCUCACCAUCAACAUCAAACAUCACAUCUCCUUACUCCUAGUAACCAAAUCAAUGGCCGGUAUCAAAGUUUUCGGACACGCUGCUACCACCUCCACCAGGAGAGUCCUCAUCGCCCUCCACGAGAAAAACCUCGACUUUGAGCUCGUUCAUGUUGAGAUCAAAGAUGGUGAGCACAAGAAGGAGCCUUUCCUCUCCCGCAACCCUUUUGGUCUAGUUCCGGCCUUUGAAGAUGGAGACCUCAAGCUCUUUGAAUCAAGAGCGAUUACUCAGUACGUAGCUCACAAAUACGAAAACCAAGGAACCAACCUUCUCCCAGCUGACUCCAAGAACGUAUCUCAGUACGCGAUCAUGGCCAAUGGAAUGCAAGUGGAAGCUCACCAGUUCGACCCAGUGGCUACAAAGCUUGCUUGGGAACAAGUAUUCAAGCUCAUCUAUGGCUUGACCACAGACCAAGCCGUUGUUGCGGAAGAAGAGGCUAAGUUAGACAAGGUCCUCGAUGCCUACGAGGCUAGGCUCAAGGAGUUCAAGUAUAUGGCUGGUGACACUUUCACUUUGACUGAUCUUCACCACAUUCCCGUGAUUCAAUACCUGCUCGAAACUCCCACCAAGAAGCUUUUCACCAAGCAUCCACGUGUCAACGAGUGGGUGACUGAGAUCACCAAGAGGCCAGCUUCCCAGAAGGUCCUUCAGUGAAGAAAUUUCUGAAAGGAAAACAAUGGCUUUGCUUCAGUCGUCACAAUAGUAAUGCUAAGAGUAAAUAAAGUGGCGGCCUCAUCGCCCAAUGUCUCAGUACUCUCUGUUUUGUUCUUUCUGUUGUAUCCUCUGUUUUUGUUUUAGUUAUGUGAGUGUGUUGUAUGUCCUUGAGAGAUCUUUGUCAUAAACUAUUUUAUCUAAUCUUCAAGCGCUUUUAAAAUAAAUCAGUGUUUAACUAA